CUGGGGCUGGCAGGAACACCAUGGAACAGAGCUCCGCUGGCAAACUGCUGUGGAUCCUCACUUUGGGGACAGUUUGUGUCUGUAAUGUGGAGCCUACAUCCCGCAAGGUUUAUUACACAUGUGGAGCCGUUGUUGAUUCCGAAGCUCAAGGCAUUAUCCUCUCACCUGGCUUUCCCAUAAGUUAUGUUCCAGGCACUCACUGUUUGUGGCAGUUUUUCAUCCCAGCUGGUGUCCGUCUUGUUUUGGAAGUUUUUGAUUUUGACGUGUUUGAGAGUCAACACAAUGCUAAAUCUCUACUUGGUGACCAAUCAACUCCUGUGAUGACAAAUGGAGAGAGAUCUGUUUCUGGGCCAUCAGAGAAAGGGGGAACUGUCCAGAGUCGAGAAUCCGAUGACUUAUAUCCUCAUGCAAAGGAAUCUGUUCAAGGUGGAAGAAGAAGGAUAUUGUUUAAUGAGACAAAUGUGUCUAAUUCAAAAACUUUUGAAGGAGACUACUCUAUGACCCAUUCCUAUAAAGCUAAAGACAAACAAGUAGUGGCACAGGAAAAGUCCGCAAAAUUAGAAAUGGUUAAGAUGCCACCGUUAAAGCAGGAUUUCGCAAUCACAGACUCUUGGCUUGGCGAAUUGAAUAAGAAUGAUUCUGAAAAGUCAAAUCUGAGUGACCCACAUACAGGUUUUGGCAGUUACCAAGACAUGAAUGCAGACCCACAACCCGACAGCGAAUGGGUCCAAAAAGGUGAAAAGAGGCUUGAAAUUGACCAGCGUCAGGAACAGCAAGUAAAUGAUUUGACUGAGGUCACAGUGACCCCUGUGACAAAAGUGACACCCUUCAUCCCUCCAGAGGUCUGCCCAAAUGAUGUUUUAUACAUUUCGGACCUGAUUACGUUCUCUGCCCGAUUUUGUGGAGCCAAUAGCCCCAUCAACAAGACGUUGAUGUUUGGUUCUUCCCUGGAGAUGGUGGAGGUGGUGGUGGAGCUGAUCACCACCACAGACCAGGGCCGUGGCUUCCUUCUACUCUACCAGUUUAAAACUGGCACAGACCCUGAUCUUCGGACCUUGAUAAAGCACGGGGACAAAGACAACCUCAUUCAUUUCCUAGUCAUUACUGGCAUUGCUAUCUUAUCUGCGGUUCUUCUGAUUGCACUCUGCCAUACCUGGAGGAAAAAGGCUCAUUGUAAAGGAAGUCAUUCCCAUUGCUCAAGAAGGCAUGAGAACGGGAUCCAGAAUUCUGCAGUUGAUAUCGGAGAAAUGCAGCUUGUGGCCAACAGGCCAAACCAGGAGGUCUCGUUAGAAAAUGAGAACAACAAUCACAGCAGCACUCUCGGGGGAAUGGGUAAUUCAAACCGCACUGAUAUGGAAAUGGCCUCCAGUGAGUCAGCAGUGACAGAGACUGGGAGUGAUGAGAUCUUUGUGAUUUCAACUGGUCUGAGCCUGGGCAAUUUACAUUUCUCCAGCUUUAAAACAAAGCUCCCCAAGAGAAGCCCAACGAGUUCAUCUCCCACGUGUGAUUGGCUAGCGCCAGAUCUCCUGGUUUCAGAAGGAGAGAAGCCACCAUUGGUUAGAAAAGGCGAUGGUGAUGGAACCUCCCCAUCCCAACAAUGCGCCUGGAGCAUCCGGAACUUCCAUGAUGUUUUGGGGCCAUUGCCGCAACCACCAAGAGAUUGGCAUGACUGGAUGAAUACAAGUUCAUUUACAAAACUGGUGGAGAAUUGUGGCACUGGCAACUCACCAAGUGGCCACCACAUUGAGAACAAGCGGAAAGUGGUGUCUGAUAUGCAGUUGGAAACAGAAUUGGAGCAAAUAUAUGAUUCUUCAGGAAGUGCUGCUUCUUAUCCACUCACUCAAUCUGCACAGAGCCAUCGUGGGCUCUUCACGGGCACCAACCUGAGAAGAGCCUGGUUUGGAAGUCCCUGCUUUGGCUUCCGGCCAAACGCACGUCAGCACAACUUGAGCGUAACCACUAACUGUGACAACCGUGCAUGCCAGCCACCAGAUCCACAACCUGUGCCAUCCCGUCAAGGGCCCAGGUUCUUCACAGACAGCUCUGUGUCAAACAACAUCAAGAGUCUUCAGACUGACUCAACCAAAACCAGGCGUCUGGCAAAUCAGUCAGAUCGAAAAACCCUGACAAAGCCAGUUUUUGUCAUUUCAGAAGCGAGUGAAGAUCGACAACCUCUGGUAAAAGCUCUACAUCCUGCUGGCCUGUCUGGUAAUCUAGCCCAGUUUGAAGAAGUUACACUUGACAAAGUUAAUAAAGCUUCAGAUGUACAGGAACAGAAUCAUCCAAUUAAUGGGACAUCUUUAAAGUAAAGUAAUUCCAACCUAUGAUUCUAUCCUGUGGAUAAAUUUGUAAGCUUCUCCUAUCAACAUAAAGAGACAAAACUGAUGUCUGAGAAGGGCAAAGCUGCAUCUUGCUGAUAGAGACAACUGGGGCUGACUUACCAGGUCUGAGAAAUGCACCAGCUCUUAAAACUAACAGUCACAAAAGUAUGACCUACAGCAUACCCUAUAAAGCAUGUAAAAGGUGUUCUACAAAUUACUUGACAUCAGUGAGAAAAUAUUGUGUUAAGACAAUAAUGCUGUAGGAAGUGGCUUCAAUCUUUCAUUGACAACUGGUUGGAUUCUCUCAAAAACAACUUUCCAUAGAUUCUUCUCAGCUCGUCAGAAAUGAAAUACGCCAGAUCCUGAAGAUUGGGUCUCAUGGCUAAAGUGACAAAAUUUCAUUAGACUUCUUCAGCUUUCCAUUUAAGAAGCAAAGAGGAGGUCAGGAUUACAGAUAUAUAUUUGACUUGAGCUAAAUAUGCAAACUUUACAUCUCAAUCACACAACUAUAUUCCGCACAGCUUCUCCAGCUAGCUCAGAUUUUUUAAAAAUAUAAAUAAGUGAAGACAUCUUCAAAUCUCUCAUGUCUGUGGCGAAUGUUUAUUCAUGAAAACCCUGCCCAAUUUAUUGAGUAGUAGUAAAAUUCUAGAAGAAAGCUACCGCUUUCAGUGCAAGUGAUUUUUUUUUGAAAAGGUGAAAUUCAAUAAGAAACAGCAACGAGCAGGCAGUUGGUAACAGGAAGACUGAUUCACGUGUCACCUGUGAACAUUCACCAGUAACAGAGUCAGGCUGGAGAGGUGUGCGCAAACUGCUCCAUAUGGAAACAUUCGUCUCAUUUUUCUAGUACUGCUGCACCCUCCUGUCUAUCCCAGUAUUUGCAGAUCUUUGACAAAGGUGAAAACCAAAUUGUAAUAAAGCCACAGGACACAAAGUUAAGGCAAGAAUCAAAUUAAUGAUUUGACGGUCAUCAGUUAGCAACUUACUUAUAUUUGAAAUUAACUAUUAUUGCUUGUUUUCAUUUUCAUUCCAAUAAAC